AAUUUAGCGUUCAUCGGUAUCUAAUUGUCGUACCACGUUCUGUGUCGCGAUUUUAUCUAUUAUUUCAUAGUAUUUUAUAUAAUUUUAGUUGUCCAAGCACGAACUUCAAUACCUUGAAUCAAUAUGGCCGAUCAAAAUCAGCAAGCAGGCGACACUGGCCCGCCCAAAGGCAUCCCAGCCUUGAAAGCUCACAUCAUUGCCAAUAAAAUAGACGUAGCUCUUUGGGGGGUUCGCGUAAUCACCGUGCUGUGUACCAUUGGAUACGUGUUCCCGUUGUUUAACAAUCCAGUGUCGGCAUUCUACAAAGCGUUACUUGCGAACGCUGCAACUUCAGCGCUGCGGCUACAUCAAAGAAUUCCAGCACGAGAGAUCUCCCUCUCGCGGGAUUUCAUGGCGAGGUUCUUCCUGGAGGACAGCGCGCACUAUCUAUUCUAUUCACUCAUUUUCAUGAACGUCGUGCCCAAUUUGUUAAUAUUGGUGCCAAUCUUUUUAUUUGCGCUGCUACACGCCGCUUCGUAUUCCUUGACUAUCCUUGAUACUCUUGGUCAGAAUUCGUUGUGGGUGGCCCGUCUGCUCAUCUCCCUGGUCGAGUUCCAGUCGCGGAACAUUCUCCGGGCCGCGGCGCUUGCCGAGAUCGUGCUGUUCCCGGUCGUACUUAUAAUGGCAUUGUUCGGUCACUGCGGCUUGAUGAGUCCGUUCGUAUACUACUACUUCGUGACGUGGAGGUACGCGUCGCGCCGGAACCCGUACACCCGCAACACGUUCCGCGAGCUCCGCGUGGCCGCCGACGGACUCACACAGCGCCCCUGGGUGCCCGCCGCCCUCGCCUCCGCGCUGCGCUACGCCAUCGACAUCGUGUGCCGCAUGGCGCCGCCCGUCGAGCAACAACAACAGUAAUCUGCGUACGGAAAAAUAUCAAGUCAUAAUAACUAAUGAUACAACGAGUAGUGCACCGUACUGCAUCAGUGCACAGUUCGGAUGGAUCCUCACAUUACGAUUCCACUGUUUACUAACUUUAUGCAUUUACGUAUCUCGGGAACAAUUUACACUAUAAUAAUUUAAAAAAUAUAUAUAUUUUCUGUACAUUUUUGCUGCCCUGUUCAUAGUUUGUUUUUGUACACUAAUUAUUAAAAAAAAAUCCGGAGAAUGUAAAUAAUAGAUAAAUUUAAGAUUUUGACAGAAAAUCUGAAAUGUAUUUUUUUUAAACUGAAUCAAAAUUAUACUAGUUUUAAUUUCUUGUUCUUAUUACCUAAUUCAAAUUGGGUAAAUUAAUUUUGUGUAAUGGAUUUUGGUACGUAGUGAAGUAUUAACUUGGUAUUGUAUAUUUUUAAUGAAUGGCAGUAUUUUUUUGCACUCAUUAGAAUUGAUUUAAUUAAACUAAUAAAACAUCAUAAUACUAUAUCAUAAAAAGAAGUUUAUUUAAUAUUUUUCGUUCAUUUAAGGAAAUUAUUCUCUAAGCUGUAAGAGGUCGUCGGUAUUAAAUAAUUUUAAGUUAAUACAAGGUUGACUAAUUAUAAUGCAGUGAUCAGAAAAUAAGGAUAUUUGUUAACUCACUUAAAAUGUUUUUUUGGCAUCGAUACUUAGAGAAUUUAAUUUCAUAACAGCACCAAUUCAUUAAUAAAAGUGAAAUGGCCACAUUUUUCAAAUAUAAAUAACAACAAAUGUAAUAAGUUAUUGCAAAACUGAAUUUAAUUGAAAUGUCCUUAUUUCUAGAUCUAUAAGAAAACAGCGAAAUGCAUUUGUUAUCACUCUCCUACAUGUGUUAUUUAUUUAUUCAGAAUGUUUUAUGCUCACGUAAUUUUAAAUGUAUUUGUGACCCAUACUAGCGCUUCAAUUACAUACUUAACAAUCCAAAAAGGGAUUUAAAUGCGUUUAAAACAGUCAAGUUUAAUUAUCCAUAUUUAAGUUGAAGUUAUUAUCUCAAGUCACAAGCGGGCUUGAUCGACUAUGUCCCGUUUUGAAUAAUUAGUAAAUGUAAUUAUUCAUUAUGUGUGCAAUAAAUGCAAGUAUUCUAAUGUUUAAAACGAAUUUAAGUACAAUUAUUAUGAACUACAUUUGCAUAUUUUUUCAACUGUGGUGUUGUUUCUGCUAUACAAAUAGUAUCUGCGUAAUGCAGUUGGUUUGGGUUGUAUGUAGUAGUUCUUUUUUUAAAUAAAAUAUAUUGGUAAAAAGUA